AUGGCCACCCACACUUCUGCUGGUGUGCCAAUUCUCGACAUCAGGGGCGACAAGUCGGACCAUUCCCUGGUCGAAUAUCUCAAGCGGUCUCUCAAUGCUCCCGAGGGACAGUCGCGCAUGUUUCCAACCUUGCUACUUUAUGACGAACUGGGUCUAAAGCUGUUUGAGGACAUCACCUAUUUGGACGAAUACUACCUCACCAACGCCGAGAUUGACACUCUCACAAGACAUGCCAGCAAGAUUGUCGAGCGAAUUCCCGACGGCGCCCGUCUCGUUGAGUUGGGCAGCGGGAAUCUCCGCAAGGUGAACAUCCUCCUCAAAGCAUUCGAGGAGGCCAAGAAAAACGUCGAGUACUAUGCUCUGGAUCUAUCUCUGUCCGAGCUCAAGCGUACCUUUGCCCAACUGGACAUCAAUGCAUUUCAUCAUGUCACUUUCCGGGCAUUGCAUGGUACCUAUGACGAUGGCCUUGAGUGGCUGAAGACAUCAGCGACAGACGCCAGGACGACCUGUAUCAUGACCAUGGGGUCUUCCCUGGGCAACUUCACCCGAGAGGAAGCAGCUCAGUUCCUCACUUCGUUCAGGAAAGUGUUGGCGGCUUCGGAUUUUGUCAUCGUGGGCCUCGACGCGUGCCAGCAGCCUGACCGCGUCUUCCAUGCCUAUAAUGACUCGUUGCAUGUCACUGAACGCUUUUACCGCAACGGUCUCACUCACGCCAAUAACAUCCUGGGCUAUGAGGCUUUCCGUCAGGAUGAGUGGUCAAUUGAAGGCAUGUAUGAUGAGAACCAGAGGAAACACCAGGCGUCGUAUGUGGCCUUGAAGACGAUCAAAAACAAGGACUUUUCCUUUGAGAAGGGCGAGAAGAUCCAUUUGGAGGACGCAUUCAAGUACUCCGAGGCGGAUCGUGAUGCUCUGUGGCAUAUCGCGGGCCUCAUUCCUCAGAUGUCUUACAGCAACAAGACCAACGACUAUUUUAUUCAUCUCUUGUCACCGGCCACCAUCAAUUUCCCAAGCGAGCCGGCCGAGUUUGCAGCGAGCCCGGUGCCCUCUCUCAACGACUGGCAACAGCUUUGGGCGGCUUGGGAUAUAGUGACCAGGUCCAUGGUUCCGCGGGACGAGCUGCUCAACAAACCCAUCAAGCUCCGAAAUGACUUGAUCUUCUAUCUGGGUCAUAUCCCUACAUUCGCAGACAUCCACUAUGUGAAGGCCACCAAGGCAAAGCCCACAAAUCCAGCUUAUUACAUGUCCAUAUUUGAGCGAGGAAUCGAUCCAGAUGUGGACAAUCCCGAGGUGUGUCACGAUCAUAGUGAGAUCCCAGACUCGUGGCCUCCAUUAGAGGAGAUCUUGAACUAUUCGCAACGUGUUCGAGAUCGUAUCGUCGAGAGCGUUCACUCUGGCCGAGCUUACACCGACCGCAAGCUUAGCCGUGGCCUAUGGCUUGCUUAUGAGCAUGAAGCGAUGCACUUGGAAACCUUCCUUUACAUGCUGCUUCAGAGCGAGCGCGUUCUGCCACCUCCAGGACAGGAUUUGCCUGACUUUGAAGCCAUGGCUGUUGAAGCUCGCACGAAUCGUACUUCAAACAAGUGGCACCGUAUUCCUGCGAGCAGGGUUACAAUCGGAUUGGACGAUGCAGAGAACGACUCCGGCCCUGAGAGGUACUUCGGCUGGGAUAACGAGAGACCUUCGCGCACGGUGGCUGUCCACGAAUUCGAGGCCCAAAGUCGCCCGAUCAGCAAUGGUGAAUAUGCUCGUUUCUUGGAAACCACUCACAAGGAUUCUCUCCCUGCCUCGUGGGCAGCCUCCAAAGCAGAUACGGAUCUCAAUGGAACCAACGGCACGAACGGUGUGAACGGCCAUACCUCGGAGGUGCAGAUGGCCAGUCCCUCGUUUGUCGAAGGCAAGGCUAUCCGAACCGUCUACGGCCUUGUUCCUCUCAAAUACGCCCUGGACUGGCCUGUGAUGGCUUCGUACGACGAGUUGGCGGCCUACGCGGAAUGGUCUGAUGGACGCAUUCCCACCAUGGAAGAAGCCCGAAGCCUUUACCAGUACGUUGAGAACCAGGACAGCGUCUUGCAGAAGGUUACCAGCAAGUUGAUUUCAGCCGUGAACGGCCAUCUCUCAAAUGACGGUGUCGAAGAGACGCCUCCAACAGGCCAUCAAUCGAAUGGUGUCGCCAAUGGGAGUGCAAAUGGUAGUCCCUUGAACCCCAAUGAGCUCUUCGUCGAACUGGCCGAUCGCAACGUUGCCUUCCGCCACUGGCAUCCAACGCCGGUGACUGGCAACGGCGACCGUCUACGUGGACAGAGUGAUCUUGGGGGCCUGUGGGAAUGGACCAGCACACCAUUGGCGCCGCACGAAGGAUUCAAAGCCAUGGAUCUGUAUCCCGGGUACACGGCUGACUUCUUCGAUGGCAAGCAUAAUGUUUGUCUGGGAGGCAGCUGGGCGACUGUACCGCGAAUUGCAUUGAAGAAGACCUUUGUCAACUGGUACCAGAGGAACUAUCCCUAUGUUUGGUGCACGGCCAGACUUGUCAGGGAUACAGUCGUCUGA